AUGGCAUGCCACUCGACCUUGUCUGCACGCCGGUUCUUGUCUUCCCGGACUGGCAUUGAGUGCCAGCAGGACACGCUGGGAGGCACGGCAACAACAGCAUGUGCUCAUCUGAGAUUGACCACAAGCUACUUUUACGUUGCCCGUCUGAGUGAUAACCCCAAUCCUCGUAGUGAUGAUACACAUCUACGCGCGUUGCGAGGUCGUGAAACGGCAAUGGCAGCCGGGUACCUCCGCCAUCCCCCCUCGCAUGACCGCAUCGACGACGCCUGCCUGACCCGAGCGAUGCCACCCGCAAACUCGAGAGCCAUCAGUCCCAUCGCAGAAUCUGCGUCGCGCGCUGCCACCCCUCCGUCGUAUCUGGUGGCGCUGCGUGAGUUGGAGAGCCCCGUCUCCAGCUCCGUCCUCAACCUCGCGGCCACACUAACCACCCAGGCCGAAGACGACGCCGACGCCGAGAACGUGCGGUUCCUGCGGUCGCCCCUGGAUCCCCAAGACGAAUGGCGGACGGAGAAUGCGCGGGAGCGGUUGCGGCGGACUUCGGAGGAGCAGAGCGACGAUAGAGAGCGCCACGACAGAUUCCGCCGCGUCAUGAGCCGGCUGAGUCGACAACACGAACCUCCAGCCUACGGCGACCGCAUACCGAGCCAGAACAACCUGUACGACUGGUCCCCCGCAAACGAAGCAGACGGCGACGAGGAGCUAGAACAGCUGUUGCAAGAGCUGGGCCAGCGGCAGCCAAGCACCCACCCCGACAUACUGCGCGAGCUGGCUCGCUCGCAGUUGGAUGCUGAGCGGGAGUCACGGCGCGCAUAUUCGUCGAGGCUCCUGAGCUCUAACCAGCCGUCUCAGACGUCAGAGAGCUCGCUAAGGUCUGCAGCAAUCUUGCAGUCUGUUCGAAGACACCCCAGGUUCUCAGCCCGCACGCGAGACUAUAUGCAUCGGUACAUUUCUGACAGAGACUCUGCGGAUAGGGCGACGCAGGAUGGCGAAUCGAGAGAUCGCCGGAGCCCCUCCCGCUCCGCCACGACCAGCACGGGUUUGGGAGAGCGCAGCCGUUACGAAGCCAGCCGCCACGCAUGGCAGGCGCAGCAGCAGUUACAGCGGUCGGACCGGGACCGAGCCAUCGUGGACCGGAGCCUAGAAAGAUAUCGUGUGGCGCGAAGAGACUACCGCCGCGAGUAUCUCGAGAACCCUUCGAGUUGCCCCGCCUCCUCAUCUCCACGGCUGGAACAGACUAUCAAGUACCUCUCCCGGCUUCGAUCUUCCAACUCUUACGAAGACAGCCUCGGGUUCGCUGUGGAUGGCGGCUUUGUGAGCAAGGACUUCUUUGGCGAUGAUCACGAGGACUUCGUUUUGGACACCAGCACCAUCUUUCCACCUGCUGAGACGUCCUGGUUGGCACCGGGAGCGGUCCUCUCUGGAUCGCAGCAUGCUACCAAUGUGACUUCAACUGUGACUCCGGCUGCCGCCGUCAGGGGGGAUUCAAUAUAUCGCUCUCGGAAUACCGAUUCUGCAGCUCCUAUGCUUUUCGACGGCGCACGUCCAUCGCUAAGCCAUAACUACAUACCGCCAUAUCGCCGGUCCGGUGAAGUGGUAACAACUUCCUCUCCCCAACAGGAUCGCUGGCCCGUCAAAGUCACAAUACACGCUGUAGAUUACGACACCAUGAGCUUAUCUGCAACUAUGGAAGCAUACAACGUUCCGUCACACCCACAAACCUUUGUCGGCAUGCUCAGCAGUGCCAACAACUCUGCCUCCUCUGAUAACCCCACUCCAAUACGAACAUCGAGCAUAACUACCUAUCUAGAAGGCGAGAUUCUCGACUUCCGAACCCACACCUUUCUAACCGAAUCCUUUAAAUCAAGCCCUUUAAUCGACGCUACAUACUGGAGGAAACUGCCACCCUUCUCCAAUCUCACGGACGACGAAUUAGUCCACAAGCUCGUCUCGCAGCGAUGGAUGGAGCAACUUAGCCAAGAAUGGAUCCUCAUGCGAUGGAAAGAACGAUGCUUCGUGAAGAACACACGCGCGUUCAACUCUGCCAGCUCCACGCCCACAGACUUGCACCCGCGGAAUUUCCUCAACCCCGAAGACGAUGUCACUGAGGAUGGCUGCGGACUCACCAUCUCGGGUUUCUACUACGUCUGCCUCCGGCGCAGCGAUGGUGCUGUGGAAGGCUUGUAUUAUGACCCACAGACCUCGCCGUAUCAGCACCUUAAGCUCGUGCCAGUGAGCGGGGGGGUGUUUCCGAAAUGGCAGUUUAGGUAG